GAGGUGGCGCCCGUGAUAAACGGCCGUUAUUUAAUCAGCAAGCUGCGGCCUUUAAUACAACGCUCGGAUCUUGAUAUCAUGAGAGGGUUAUAUAUUAACACGGCGUUUGUAAAAUAAAAUUCAGUUUGAAGAGAAAUGUGGCGAAUAGUGUGACAGUUAUAUGAAUAAAGGGAUAAACGCUUUCAUUAAUACGCUUGUGCAUACAAUGAAAAACAAACAGACAUAUUGAAAUGGCGUCGAGUGAAACUGUUGUAGAAUUAGGAGAAUUCACGGCAACCGCGAUUACAGGGCAAAAUGAUACGGAACAGGAUUCAGAGACAGAACCUCUAACUGCCUGUUCACAAGAAAAAACAACGUCAUCGGCACAACCGACUUCAAAAGAGCGCCGACCUAAAAAUCCGGAGCCAGCUAAAUCAAGUGCAUUUUAUAAGAAGACGUAUACCAGUGGAAAGAUCAUUUUUAAGAAAGACAACAUAAGGCUACGAAAGUAUAGCAAGGAGAAGUACGAUUCCAAAUUCAUCAGGAUAAAUGCUGAUGCUGGGGACAAGGAAAUUAUUCUGCAGCAAGUGGUGGAAGGCGUUGUUAACAUGCUUUGGAAGGUUCGUCAUAAAUAUCUUCUGCUGUCAGUCACUACCGUUGCGGAUAAGUUGGAUAAAGCAUUCAAUAGAGGCAUGAGAGAAGUGUUACGAGGAGCAUGUCUGGUGACUGGCGGAUCAAACGAUUUCGAGACAGAACAGGUCGAUGACUAUGCAACUAUUGGAAUCGUUUUCGUGGACCGCAUACAGAAUAAAAACACAUUAAAGCCUUCGGAACUGACCAGAGGAGUGUUCGGCAUUGAUUCAGAUUAUCACCUGUUUACCGUCGAUAAAAAGGGUCAAAGGUGGACGCUGAACCUAGCUUCAUUGACCAAAGAUUAUGUCCAAAGUGACGGUAACACUAACGCAUUAACGGAUGAUCGUUUUGCUGUUGGCAAGUUGGUGCAGAUCAGCGAAGAUCCUGAGAGCAUCCUCGAUUCUUAUGUGCGCAAACAGGCCACCGGUCAAAUCGGUUUAAUAUCGAGGGUGGUGGAUGAAAAUUCACUGAAUGUCAUAGUAGGAGGAAGAGAAUUUCGGUACACGCUCAAUGAUGUUUCGUUGAUUACGGGAGAGCGUUGGAUUAUGCUGUUGGAGCCACAUUUCGAGACUAACGAGCCUUUAAAUAAGAAUGACGAGCUUGUACGGGCUGUAAUGAACGGCGAGGUCGAUACAGUCCACGCAAUGAUCUGCCAGGCUUACAAGGAGUUCAUGAAUGUUGAAAACAUCAUUGAAUACGAACUACCCACCGAUAUCGAUGAAAACCAGGCGAAUCAACAAUGUUAUCUGGAUACACAUCACGACCUAUACGUCUUUGCAGAAGAAUCGACGCUUAAUGAAUUCGGUGGAGAAGUUGAGUUUCGAGCUCAACUAGAAAAACGAAUUGCGUCCAAUAUGAUCAGAGAACAUGUUCCAGUCGUAAAUCUCGUUAUGAACGGCGACCAACACACAUUGGAAACUGUAGCUUAUUUAAUGAACGAAGGUAUACCUUCCUUGGUGGUAAAAGGAUCAAAAGGUGUGGCAGACAUUAUUGCAAAUGCUAUCGAAAACACCAGCGAACCCAAUACCCCCACACGGCGAGACAUUCACAGUGUGGACAUCAAUAAUGAAAUAAUAAGGGGAAUGCUACACAGCAGUAAUAUACCAUAUGACGCAUUCACAUCUUUUCAACAAACUUGCCAGAAACGUCCCAACAUGUUGUCGGUCGUAAAUCUGCUCGACAUUACCGAUCGGCAUCGACUGGUAGGCACAAUAUUGGAUGUCUGUUGGAAGGCUGGAUUAGACGUGACGUGUCUCAUGAUAUGGGCACUUUACUGUCAUUAUCAUCCUGGCCUCACUGACCAUUUUAAACGACUUGUGUCACUAGAUGGACAACGCAUGGCGAAAGAUCUACCACUACAGUAUGCAGUUUUGUAUUGCAUUGUUUGCAAUGAUGAUAACUUUCUUGAAACAUUAGUUCAACGGGUAGAUACACAUGACGUUGAAUAUAUGGAUAAUUGGAUGUACGUUAAAUUAUGUACAGAUGUUGAUCGUUACGGAUUGCUGAAAAGUUUGCAUAAAAAGUUAAAGGAUACUUCAGGAAAUAAGGGAUUGGGAACUAUUACCCAGGUCAUUGAGCUAAUGAAGGAGCGCCCAGUUCGAGGAGGGAUUUCAAAUGGCAGAGUAAGUACAUGGUGGGCUAAUCCUGCGACCUACUCAUCUAAGAAACAGCGUAAUGACAGAGAUGUAUUGAACUGCUGGGAUUACAUGUUUAUUUGGACAGUAUUGAUGCGUAAAAACGACAUGGCGUUAAUGCUCUGGACUAAAACGGAGUAUCCGUUCUUCAUGGCCUUUCUUGCAAAACAAAUAUGCGAGGCGGUGAAAGAGCAAACAAACGAUGAAGAGCUUAAGUCCGAUAUGACGGGAACUAUGAGCGAGUGGUCUACUGUAGCAAUAGAUGGUCUUAACGCAUGCUACCCGAUUUAUCAAAAAGGACAAUUCGCUAGUCUGACAACUACCAUGCCGUUUUGGAAUGAUAAAUCAUGCUUAGAUUUGGUCGGAGAAUGUGGCGACAUGGAGUUCCUGGCUCAACAAGCGUGUCGCAGUGUAGUUGGAGAAAUCUGGAAUGGAGAUACGGAGUUAGCGUUUCUCGGGCGUCUUAUACCAGUUCGACUAAGAAAAUACGAGAACAAAAUUAGGUCGCCAAAAGCAAAAUUCGGGUACAAUUUGAUCUCGUAUUUGCUGUUUCUGGGCCUGUUUGCGUACGUGCUGUUGUUUGAUCUCACACCAACUGUAUCGACUAUUGAAUUCGUGCUAAUGACAUGGGUAUUGACCAUAUUGGUUGAAGAAAUUAGACAGAUGCAUCAUAAAUAUCAGAUGCCUGGUUAUGAGAAGGCUAAUUCAUGUGUACAGCUGAUCGGAAAAUUGAAGAUUUACUUUUCGGAAGGAUGGAACAGCGUCGACAUAUUUGCGAUCGUCAUGUUUUUACUUGGAUUCGCACUGCGGUUCAAACAAUUUCGAGACACGUUUGAUUGGCCAAGAGUCGUGCUUGCUGUCGAUUUUUUCGCGUUCUUCGUGAGACUCGUUCACAUAUUCUCGAUUCAUAAAACCCUUGGUCCUAAACUCGUUAUAAUUCAAGGGAUGGUACAUGACCUGAUGUAUUUCUUUGUGAUUAUGGCUGUGUUUUUAUUGGCUUACGCCAUUUCCUCGUACUCCAUUAUGUACCCCAAUGCUCCAGUUACUUUGGAAACUGCUAGACAAAUAGUUUGGAUGCCUUACUGGCAUAUUUAUGGAGAACUCUUUCUAGAUGAGAUGAAAGGUGAAACGAAGUGUACAGAUGACGCUAAUCUAUGGAUGAAUGAAACCGUUUCACGCUGUACAAGCGAGACCAGCAAGAUAUUGGCCCCAAUCAUGAUGGGAGUUUACCUGCUGUUUUCCAAUAUCCUGCUUCUCAACCUUCUUAUUGCAAUGUUCAGUUACACAUUUACUAAAAUCCAUGAGCAAUCAGACAAAGUUUGGUGUUUACAGCGAUACUUUAUGGUCAAGGAUUACGCGCUACGGCCAAUAUUGUGUCCUCCUAUAAACGUAUUUUGGCACACAUACCAGCUUCUCCAGUGUUGUGUACUUAAGUGUAAAAGAUCUCAGCACUUAACUGAUCCUUGCGACCGAAUCGCUGUUUGUUAUGGCUUGAGUCGUAUUAUGCUAGCUGUAUCGAGAAAUUAUCAAGAACGGAAAAAAAAAGAAAGUACUGAUUCGAUUAUGAAAACGGCCAAUGAAAAGCUUGAUGAUUUGAGAAACAAGGCGGAGCAGGAGGAGACGUUCAGAAUUCAAACUCUCGAAGCUCUGAAACAUUUCGAAGCUCUGAAUAAGAAAGUUGAUGAAUUGGAGACGAAGAGCAAAGAAGAAGAGGCGUUUCGGAGUACGAUGCUGAAUAGGACAAAUCAAGCGUUCAAAGAAGAAGAGGAUUUUCGGCAUGAGCUCCGGGCUGUGUUCAGCAAAGUUCAAGCCAAUUUAGACGCUCUCAAUACGAAAGUACAUGCCUUGGAGAUAAAGGCUGAAGGCCACCAUCAAGUGGAAGAAAGAACGCAUCUUUAGUGGGUAAAUGUUACAUACUAGACAAUAUUGUAUCCGAACCACUUAAACCACAGACAAUCAGUUGCCGGUGUGAAUGGUAUAUAAAUUUCAGAAACAUAAUGACAUUUCUAACGAGUGGUUUAGACACAAUAUCAAUUUUAGCGCUCAUUAAAAAUGACACGCAGAACAUUUAAGUAAGCACACUCAAUAAACACGAUUGUUAAAUGAUCUAAUAGAUGUUUCUACCAAACUAAAUGACAUUGCUUGCCAGGAUAUGUAUUUCUUUUUUAAAUUAAAGCCACUUUAACUGCUUUGAUGCGGAUCUAUGGUAGCAUUUUGAUAAUACUAUCAUUUUAUUGGGCGUAUUUGCAGUGAAUGUACAUAGUUGCGUUUUAUCUUUAGCUGUAUGAAUGAGUUUUGUUCAAUGUUUGUAUUGCCUGAACAAAUCAUAAACAUUUGGUGUAAGUCUACAUGACAUGAGAGAAUGGUAAAAACAUACAAUAUGUGCAAAGAAAUGUUGUGAUAUUAUUUCGCAUUUCGUUAUUCCUCGAACAUUUCUCAAGUUUGAAGUACGAUAAAAAAUGAUUUUACCAGUACACAUUCACGACUGUAUUAAUCUGGAUUUAUGCUGCGCAUUGAACUUGUUUCUACUGUAACGUAGCUAACAUUUACGUAUGCAAAGACAUUACAUAUUCAACACAGGAUUUUUAUAUAUGCAUAUUGUUGUAAAUCACAUAACCAUAUGUGUAGUAUUGGUAGUGGAAGGAUAUAAGUGUUCGUUUGGUGACUUAGGGACUGUACAUAUUUAACACUGGAUUUUUAUAUAUGCAUUUUGUUGUAAAUCGCAUAACCAUAUGUGUAGUAUUGGUAGUAGAAGGAUAUAAGUGUUCGUUUGGUUACUUAGGGACUGCUUUUAUACUAAAUGAUAAUAUCAAUGCCUUUAAUAUCAAAUGAUUUAUCAUUGCUAUUGCACAUUUUCUGAAUAUUUUACUGAUGUUUGAUACUUUGUUGAACCGCUGUCGCAAUUAUUUGCCUUUAAUCGGGAAAUGCUUAUCAAGCUUUACUGAACUUUAUGUUAGUUUCAAAUUAACAAUGUGUUGAUGAGUAUAACAAUGUAUCUAAAUUCACAGAGCACACAAUUUAUUAUUUGUCUAUAUAUAGUGAAUUUCCGGAUAUACCGCUUGGUGUUUCUUUUGAAUUCAUGUCCAUGUGUAUUAUAGAUCAUGCUUAGCAUCGAUGUGUUGCAUUCCAUGCUAAUAUCAAAAUAGGUAAAUGUACUUGCUAGUGUAUAUGUUAUUGUUGCUUGUAAAUUUUCUGCAUUUAAACACAUGUUAUGAUUUCCAUUAAUAUGCAAAUGUCCAUAUUUCUUAUGCAUUUUAAUGUUUACUCGUCCUGUUUUAGCGUUGUAUCUAGACAUAGUUAUUUGCAAUAAUACGUAUUGAGUAAGCGUCCCGUAACAAUAAACGAAGUGUGAUUAAUACAAACACUACUUUGAUAGCACGAAAACCGUGUGAUAUUCCCUAAUACUAAGUAGAAUAACACCAAAAAUAACAUCUUCCUGUUUACCUGUUUUGGGUAUUUAGACAGUGAGGCAUGCGUGUUCGCACAAAAACAAUUCGUCACAAUCGAUGACUUGUGCACACAAUUUUAGUGUGGUGCUUAAGGCUAUAAUCGAUACUACUUUAAAUAUUUGAAUUCGUACUUUAAUUUCCUAAAACAUGUAUAUAGUUUUAUUUUGAAAAUACCAUGAAAUAUCCAUACUUUUAAAGGGGGUAUUUUUCAUCCCAACUUAUUGUAUGAUAACAUGCUUACUAUCGACCUUAACAAUUCUUGCAAAUUGUUGUACAGGAAUGAUAGUGUUUUAGUGAAAAAUGAAAACAAAUGCGAACAAUCACUAUCAAUAAAUGGAAGUAUUUACCGUGAUUUCAGAUAAAUUGCGUGUGUUUGUAGCAUUUCAUGACUCAAUUUCUCGUUAAGUAUUAUUAUAUAUAUAUUAUAUAUAUUAUUAUAUAUAUAUAUAUUUAUUCUAGGUAGGUUUUUAUAAAUUAAAAAUAUGUGUAGCGAUAGCUUGUUAACAUAUUUUGACAAUAAAAAAUACCUUCCACCAAGUCUAUAAUGUUUAACGGGUCUACACAUCGCUAUCAAAAGACAUUUUAAAAAAAACGCCAUUGUAAAGCAGGUCAACAAAUCUUUUUUACAAUUACUUAAACAGAUCUUUAAAAAAAACUGCCACUUUAACUGCUUAUUUUUGUUUUAAUGUAUAAACAUCAGUUAUUAAACAUAGACAUGCAUUUUAUUGGUGUUCAUAUACAAACAUUAAUGGUAAACAGUUAAGGUUUGUCCGAACGCAAUAAAGUGAUCAUAUGAAUCAACAAUAAAUGUUAAUUGAUGUAUGCAAAGUUAAUGUAGUCGCUGACGGAUUAACAACACCCAAAUGAAAAAAGUCCGCCAAAUGCUUACUGAACUACUACGCAUGUUUGACGUUGAAACUUUUAUAAAUGAUUUAUACAAUGAAAUAUUAAAUCAACAUUACCAAUACAUGCUGUAUUGUAUAUUCUAUUAUGUUGUAUAACCAUUAUAUAUGUGCGUUAAAUAUAGCGUAAUAUUGUUUUUGUAUUUUUUAUUUGUACGCUAUUAUUAAUAGUGUACUUAAAUUCAUCCUUAUAGUUUUUUCUGCUUUAUGUUUAUGUAAAUCGUGCGUCUUCUGAGUUGCCAUUUAGGUAUGAAUACAAUCAACUAUCAUUGUACACGUUUAAAGUUAGCUCUGACAACUAUUUUGUAACCCACAUAAAGGAGACACUAUGAUGACAAAUCUCAAAGCAUAUAUGUUCUCUUGGUUAUCAAUUCAAUUAUCACACAAGCGUUCAUAUAAUUAGCCAUUCAUAAUACUAUCCACUGCAUAAAUAGAUUGCUUUGUAUACUUUAUUGUAAGCCGUAUGUUUAGUAGCCAAUCAAUUUAUGCAGUCGAUAGUAUUAUGAAUCGCUAAUUAUAUGAAUGCGUGUGUGAUAAUUGAAUUGAUAAACAAGAGAACAUAUAUGCUUUAGAUACAUUAGUUGAAAUGGUGUGUUCAAUAACACACACAUGAACACAAUGCAUAGAUCUAGACUACAAAUUUACGAUUGUAUAAACAAGUAUAAAUUUGUCUUACACACGUAUGUGCUUUAAAUAUAGAUCAUUAGACUUAAACGUAGAAAAAUAGCACAUAUCAAGAUUCAUAUAACAGUACUCUUAACACAAUAUACCCAACUUCUGUUAAUAAAUUGAAUUGAUCAAUGCGUGAAUUGUUUGUCAUCAAACACACAUAUAUUUUUAAUGUGUGUGACUUUGAAUAUAAAUAAAGCAAACACUUGCCUAAAGACUUUAUUUAAAUACAUAUAGUUGCUUAUAGUUACAAAAGUGAGAUCUUUUACAAUACGGUGCCUAAUAACUAAAUUUUGAUUACGUGAAUAGAUUACGAUAAUUUUGUUUGCUAAAAGUUGUGAUUGACAUACUGAAAGAAACUAAAAGAAAUAUUUACUAGUUUUUCAUUAUUAAACUGAGUCAUCUUAAUUCUUUAUUAGCUUAAUAUUGAUAUAUACUACAGAUAAUGACGCACACAAUUUAUUUGCGCAACAGCAUACUAAUAUGUGUAUGUUUGUAUUACUUUUUAUGUUCCCCAGUCUAUACUGGGGGACAUAUUGUUUUUGCCCUGUCUGUUUGUUGGUUUGUUUGCGUCAAACUUUAACACUGGCCAUAACUUUUGCAAUAUUGAAGAUAGCAACUUGAUAUUUGGCAUGCAUGUGUUUCUCAUGGAGCUUCACAUUUUGAGUGGUGAAAGGUCAAGGUAUGUUCAAAUAUACGGGAGGGGACAUAGUGUUUCACAAACGCAUCUUGUUUGUUUUAUUUUAAUUGUAAUUGCAUUAUCAAAUGAUGAAAUUUUGAUGUCAUAGCUAAUGUGUACAUUUUGAUUUAUUGAAGUUAUGUUUAUUUCUCAUGUUUUUACGAAAGCAAUCACAUAUGUGGACGUAUUUAAAUUAAAAAUGUCAUGCGUGUGCCUCAGAUCUUAACAUGCCACAACCGUUCAUGUCGUUUAAUAUUAUAUCGUAAGAAGAUAUGGGUAAAUCAAAUGUCAUUGUAUCAUUUGUACCCCAAAACAUGAACGGACAGAGAAGAAUUCGACUGACUUUGUAAUAUACACUCAGUUGUUUUUCCUGACAGAAUAAGAACAGAAAUGACAAGUAUACUUUAAAAGCUGUUUUAAGCUGAUUUUUGAUACUGAUCACAAAAAUGUUCCGCACAGAGGAUUUGUUUUGAGAUUUGAUGUGGGCUUUUCGUUCCAAAUGUGCACGCGGAACAGUUUAUUCAUACGAAACGCACAUAUGAGCAGUCUAAUAAGACGGGUGUCUGUAUAAGAAACUUAUUACAACACAUUACUAUAAAUAUUUGUAACGUCUCGUUUGUGAUUGGAAUGAACUAUGCUUUCAUUUUAAAUAUUGUAUUAUUCUUAUUAGUAUAAGUAGUAGUAGUAUAAUAUAGUUUAUAUUAUGUAUUCUAUUGUAUAGUUUAUUUUGGAAAAUUGUUGUUCAAACGUGUGUACCAGCAAACCAUAGUGAAAGUAAAUUUAUAUAAAAAAUAAAUAAAUAAA